UUUCAGUUUUGUCAGAUAUUUGAUUUGUUGUAGCUCGAUGGAAUAUGACUUGUUUAAGAACAGCAUGGAGGGAAAGAGGGUUUUGACAAUACAUCUUAACCUCUCUGGGGAAACAGAAGCACCCUGGUCAUUUCUAGUUGUUAACAAGAUUCAAGAAGUGUAUUGUGUGACCGAAGAGACUUGAUAGAGUGGAAUUAUAUCCCAUUAAAUAUAGUACUAUCAAAGGAUUUUAGUCAAAUCAUAACUAUAGAAGCCAAUCUCGUGUUUUUAUCGUAUAGGGAAACUCUCAUUUACUGUAGAAAAGUAUCUAAGGAACUCUCUGCAAUGGUAAUCGAGUAGUUUAAUGUUAAACCUGUUCUGUUUUGUCCUUUUCCUUUUGUGUGUGUAAACAGGUUCAUCGUUCUAAAAUCCAAUGGCAGCACACCCUUUGAGAGAGUGGAAAACUGGUCUCUUUGACUGUUUCGAGGACACAAAUACUUGUUGCUAUGGCUUCUGGUGCUGUCCUUGCCUCGCCUGCUCGGUUUCAGGAAGAUUCGGAGAGAACCGUUGCCUCCCAUUAUGCGACUUGUUCAGCCCGGCUGUGUUUGGCCUCUGUGGGAUCCCUCUAUUUGCUCCCCCCGCUGCCGCGAGUCUCCGGUCCUCCAUUCGGAGCAGACACGGCAUCAAGGGCUCUAUCUGUAAAGACAUCGCCAUUUCCUGUGUCUGUGUGUACUGCUCCUGGUGUCAGAUGCAUCGUGAGAUAAAAGACAACAACAAGGAUCGCGUGGUCAUCAUCAACAAUCAGCCGGCGCCAGUGGUGAUGAUGGCGCAGCCCCCUAUGGUUGUAAACCAACAUGGGAUCCCUGUGACGUCAUACUGAGAUUUGCAGCUUCUACAUACAAAGUUCUGUCUUGAAGGGAUUUUUAAUUCAGAUCAGAUCCUGCUGCUGAUGGUUUUGUUAAAGAAUGACUGCAGGGUGAAAAGAAUAAUCACAUGUAUAGAUUAAUAACAUAAUAAUAGAUUGGGGCCUCUGUUACAGUACUUGAUUUCAUUUUUUUUAAUUGUGUCAAAUACAAAUUGACGAAAUUUUUCAUUCAAAGGCAAAAGGUGGUUUCAGUUCAAUCUGAAAUGUGUUUAAUCAACCCGAUCUGAUCAAUAAGUCGAAAUUUCACAUUUAAAAUAAAAAUAAUGUAAAUUA